AUGGAGGCACAGAAGCUGAGAAAAGCGAAAGAGGAGAUGGAAAAGUGGAAAUCGCUUCAAGUUGUAUGGGUUUCCCGUUUCAGUAACGUUUCUUCUAUCAUCCAGAGAUUACAGGAGAUUCAGAAUCCUGGGAGCUAUGGAGCUUUGAGAUGCGUUAAAGGGAUUGAAAACGCGGUUAUGCAGCAACAGAUGGAGAAUCUGAAGACUCUUCUGCUUUCUAUGAGACAAAUUUUAGAGGAAUUCAAAGGAUGUGUCUUGACAUUUGAGAAGCUACGUCGAGAUGGUUCACAAUCACUAAAGGUGGAAACGAGCAAGAAGAGAGUAAAGGAACGUAUUGGAGUAAAACCUUGUAUUGCAGAUUGCUUAGAGGGGCUUUCUCUUCUUUAUGAGAUGCAUCAAGCAGAAUACCAUCUUAAAUCUUCGAUCUUUACGGCACUUUCAAGUCUUGUUCUGAAACCAAGUCCUGGCGAUCUAAACGCGUUACAAUACCUCGUGGUUGAUCAGCCAAAUAUCCCGAGUAAUGAAGUGCAACGCAUCUUUGAUGUCAUUUUCGCUGAAGAGAUUAAAUGAUGUAAAGAGGAAAAUGUUUUUUUUUUUUUUUUUCUUUAUUUUUGUUCACAAGGCACCUCUAUAGUUUCGGUGGAUGAAAAACAGUGAGGAGUGUAAGAAAAACGGCAAGCUAUAUUUAUUUAGAGAUCAAAUGAUGUCAACUUGUCGAGCAAAUGUUUGAACUUUGAAGGUGUUUUACAAAAAAGGACGUGUUUUAAAGUUAUUGGACUAUGAAGAGAAUAAUCUAGCUGUUCCUUGUAAAAAUAGGUACUCAUUUUAAU